CCCAGCAGGCGGAAGCGGAAAUGCCUGCUUUGUAGGUGCGUAGCAAAAGCUGUGUCUCUCAAAGGCCGGGUGCACAACGGGGAUGGAUUCCAGUAAGAUACUCAAUUGGUCCAGCCAGAGAAGGGGCCGCCGCUUCUGGAGAAACCAGCCAAUCAGAGCACUGGACGGCGGAGCUCCCCCACUGGGGCGCAUCGCUUCCGGCGAUUCCCCGCAGCUGCUACGUGGCCUCCCACGCAGGCACCCCCCCACACACACUCGGGCGUGGGAGGCCGCCGCCAUCCGCCUUGCUCCGUCAGUCUUGUGGCGUUGCUUGCUGGUGCCGCGGUCGGGGUGGGGUAGGCCGCGGCUCUCGCUACCGCGGUGGUGAGCGGAUCCUCCUUGAGGACCGUGAGCAGGCGUGGCAGCGCAGGUGCCCGCCGGGCCCGCGGGAGGCGGAUGCUGCGCGAGGAGGCUAGCGGCCUCGCUGGGCCUUCUGAGGGCCUCACUCUCGAAGCCUCAUCCUGACGUUCCAAGGCGACUCGGAGACGGCGGCCCUCACCCCAAAUGGCGUCGAAGCUCCCAACUCGAUCCAGAGCCCAGGGACCAAUGCUAUUUGAAGAUCUGGCCGUGCAUUUCUCUCAAGAGGAAUGUGUGAGUCCACACGCUGCUCCAGGGCUCCGGAGCAGAGAGGCCACACGGGGAUGUUUGAAGGAUGGGACUCUGAUUGGAGGGGAAGGCAAGACUGAAAUUAAUCAGCAGUUAAGCCUAGAGUCUAUGGAAUUUGAGCACUCCAAUGCUUCACCCCUUGUUGAUUAUUCAGAGUCUUCUGAGGAUGAGGUUGCAGAUCCUGAAUGGAGAAUAUCAAGUGGAACUUCCACUUGCAAGAAAAGAUUCAUAAGCCUUUUAGUUACCAUUGACAACCACACCCCAUUAGUAGAACUCUCUCAGUAUUUAGGAAGCAGAAUACUUUCAGAAAUUACUGAUCCCUGCUGUGAUGAAUCCCCUGAAAAUGUUUACCAGUGUUCUGAAUGUGACCAAACCUUCAGUGAUAAUUCAUACAUUCGUUUACAUCGGAAAGUUCAUUCAAGAGAGAACUGGUAUAAAUGUGGUGACUGUGAGAAGAUCUUUCGACAUAGAGCCAACCUGAGGAUACACAAGAGAGUCCACACUGGUGAGAAGCCAUAUAAGUGUGCCAACUGUGCUGCCAGGUUCCGCCAGCAUGCCCAUCUAUCCCGGCACAUGAAGAGCCACAUGAAGGAGAAACCCUACAUUUGUGCCACAUGUGGGAAAGGUUUUAAGUGGCUCCCAGAUUUGACAAAGCAUCAGAAAAGACACACGGCUGGAAAACCAGAUAAACAUGCUAACCGUGAGAAAAAAUCUGUGAAGAAAAAGGUAGCUUCGCAUAAAAAAACCAGCACACCAACUUCAACUUACCAAAACACUGCAUGUGCUAACCAGGAUAAAUACUCUGCUAAGAAAGCAAAGCUGGCUUUGUGUAAAAAACCCAGCACAUUAACUUCAACUCACCAAAACAUUCCAUGUGCCAAAUGUAAUAAACACUCUGGUAGAAAAAAAAAGGUGGCUUUGUGUAAAAAAAACAGCACACCAAGUUCAACUCACCAAAGCACUGGUCAUGCUAACCAUAAAAAACGCUCUGAUAAGAAAACAAACCCAGCUUUGCGUAAAAAAAACAGCACAUCAACCUCAACUCACAAAAACAUUGCCACUGUAUGUGCCAAGUGUAAAAAAUGCUCUGGUAAGAAAACAGAUCGAGCUUUACGUAAAAAAUCCAGCACAUUAACCUCAACUUACCCAAACAUUGUGUGUGCUAACCAUAGCAAACACUCUGGUAAGAAAAAAAAUCCAGCUUUGCAUAAAAAAAUCAGAACUUCAGCUUGCCAGAACACUGCAUGUACUCACCAUAAAAAAAAUGCUGUUAAGAAAACAAAUCCAGCUUUGCAUAAAAAAGCCAGCACACCAGUUUCAGCUUACCAAAACACUGUGUGUGCUAAUCAUGAUAAAUACACUGGAAAGAAAACAAAUCCAACUUUGCUUAAAAAAACCAGUAUGCAGACCUCUCUUUACCAGAAUACUCUUUUUGUUGAACGUGACAAAUAUUCUGGUGGGAAAAUGGCUUUGAAUGAAAAAACCAGCACACUGCCCUCGCCUUACCAGAAUGAUCCUUGUGGGAACCAUGAUAAAUAUCCUGGUGGGAAAACAAAUGUGGCUUUGCAUAAAAAAAACAGCACACUGCCUUCUUACCAGGAUGCUCUCUAUGCUAACCGUGAUAAACAUUCUGUUGGGAAAAUAAAUGUGGCUUUCAAUGAAGAUUCCAGCACACAGACCUUUUCUUAUCACAAUGCUCCAUAUGAUCAAGAUGAUAAAUAUUCUGUUGGGAAAAUAAACGUGGCUUUCAAUGAAGAUUCCAGCACACAGACCUUUCCUUACAAAUAUGCUCCAUAUGACCAAGAUGAUAAAUAUUCUUUUGGGAAAAUGAAAGUGACUUUCAGUGAAGAUUCCAGCACACAGACCUUUCCUUACCAGAAAGCUCCAUAUGACCAAGAUGAUAAAUAUUCCAUUGGGAAAAUGAAUGUGGCUUUCAAUGCAGAUUCCAGCACACAGACCUUUCCUUACCAGAAUGGUUCAUAUGACCAAGAUGAUAAAUACUCCAUUGGGAAAAUGAAUAUGGCUUUCAAUGCAGAUUCCAGCACACAGACCUUUCCUUACCAGAAAGCUCCAUAUGAUCAAGAUGAUAAAUACUCGAUUGGGAAAAUAAAUGUGGCUUUCAAUGAAGAUUCCAGCACACAGACCUUUCCUUACCAGAAAGCUUCAUAUGACCAAGAUGAUAAAUAUUCGAUUGGAAAAAUGAAUGUGGCUUUCAAUGAAGAUUCCAGCACACAGACCUUUCCUUACCAGAAUGCUUCAUAUGACCAAGAUAAUAAAUAUUCAAUUGGGAAAAUGAAUGUCGCUUUCAGUGAAGAUUUCAGCACACAGACCUUUCCUUACAAGAACUCUCCAAGCAUGAAGAGCUCUGGGAAGUCCUCUCCUCCUCGCCUCCUAGAUCAGGGCAUCAAGGAGGAACCUGACCAGAGCAGCACUGAUGAUGAAAACUAUUAUAUCUUUUCCCAGUUCAAACCAUUACAGUGUCUUGAGUGUGACAAGACCUUCCCUUGCUUCUCUAAGCUUAUUUCUCAUCAGAGCAUUCAUACUGGGGAAAAGCCCCAUAAGUGUAAAGUAUGUGCAGAAAGUUUUGAUUUGGAAUCAGAACUUGCAUGCCACCAGAAGAGCCACACAGAAGAGAAACCUUAUAAAUGUACCACAUGUGGCAAAAGUUUUAAAGUGUAUAUGCAUCUCUUUACUCAUAAGAGAAUCCACAAAAUCAACAUAUAAUUAGAACAAGUUUUUGUUAAUGCCUAGGCUGAGAAAGUGGUAAGAAAGUUACUGUUCAUGUGCCAGGCACUGUGUUAAUUAAGCCCAAUACAUACAUUCCACUAUAUAUUCUCACCACAAUCUCACCUUAGGCAGUAUUACUCCUUAUUCCUAGUUUAGCUUAGGAAUGCCACUAACACACACUUGCUACUGGAGCCACAAUUUGAACUCAGUUACUAAUUAAAUUCCAUUUAUAUGGACCAGAGAAACAGAACUUUAAAUUUAAAAACAAAUCCAGUUUUUAGUAUAAUGAACAUUAUUGCUAGCAUUCUUUUAGUUUUUUAUGUGGUUUAAAGAAUGUUCUAGAGGGAAAACUUAUUUUUUGCCAGUUUUGCACGCGUCUAGGAGAGUGAACUUUUGUCUGUUUUAUACCUUUCUUAUGACUAUUUUAGAGUGAUAUUUGUAGGAGAUCAUCAUUUUACAAGAGAAUUUCUAUAAGAGAUUAGGACCCACAUGAUGAAUGGUUGAUUUUUUUUUUUUCCAUACAGGGUCUUGUUAUGUAGCCUAGGCUGGCCUUACAAUCAAGAUCCUCUUGCUUUCCCUUCCUGAAAGCUGGAAUUACAGGUGUAUACCACCAUGGCUGGCUACUUGAUAUCUUGUAAUAGUCUAUGGAGUGUCCAUUCUCAAAUCUGAUAGCAGAGGCAGGUACUGCCAUCUGUGACUUCAGGGCUUCACAGGAGUUUUAGUUAUCUAGUUAUGGCCCUUUUCAGGAGGUUGGAUGGACUUGACUUGUGGAAAAUACUUGCUCUUCUCCAGGAGGAUCUGUCUCCAGAUCUCUACUGUAACAUAUAACCUGAUUUGUUAUAUGUAAUCGUAACUUUGUGUGUAUGCAUGUACAUGUGUGUGUAUGCG